ACUUCCAUACCCGGCCUUUUGGAUUCCUCUCCCUCGGGGAUACCGUAUGUACCUCUGAGGAUUUCCAUAAUAUGAAUCCUGGUUGACCACGCCAAACCCCGGCUGCGCUUCAAUAUGAGGGAACUGAAAGGUCGCAGCGAGACCAUCUUUAUCGUGACAGUUAUUUUCUUGGGAAUCUCGUUCGUUGCCGUUUGCCUAAGAUGCUUCGUUCGGUUGCGGCUCGUGAGGGCCUUUGGAUGGGAUGAUGCUCUAAUGGUUUUUGCGAUGGCCUUGAAUAUCCUGUUCGCAUUAUGUGGAAUGAUGGGUGCACUUUACGGUAUGGGACAGAAGAUCCACGAUAUUCCUGACCCAAGAGAUAUCGAAACUGCCAUGUUUUGGUGGUGGCUUGGUCAGACAAGUUACGUCUUUACAUGUGUUGUCGCAAAGAUCUCUAUCGCACUGGCCCUCCUCCGUCUUACCGUCGCCCGUGCCCACACAAUACUGCUGUGGGGUGUCAUCGCAGUAUCUACUGUUAUAGGCCUUGUAUUCUGGUUCAUGUUAACCUUACAAUGUCAACCGGUCGAGUACUUUUGGCACCGGGCGAAAGCAUAUCUCGGAGCAAACGUCACAGGAACAUGUUUGGAUGUUGAUUAUCUCAUUGCAAUCGCAUACCUCUACAGUGUCGUUGCAACGAUAUGUGAUUUCAUCCUUGGUCUCUUACCGAUUGCCCUCGUCUGGAACCUGCAAAUGAACAUGCGCACUAAGGCUGCCUUGGCCGGUAUCCUAAGUCUCGGGUGCAUUGCUAGCGCCGCGGUUAUCGUUCGAAUCCCUUAUCUCCAUCACUACAAAGACACAGAGUUCCUCUGUAAGUCCAGCCUGUAGCUUCAACUGCAGAACUCCUGGCGGAUAUGCGACUAACGAGUGUCAUCAUUUCAGAUGCCACAACGGAUAUCUCGAUCUGGUCAAAUGUUGAAGCCGGCCUUGGAAUUACCGCAGGAAGUCUGGUUACGCUCCGGCCACUCUUUCGCUGGUUCCGUGGCACCACCUACGACAUCUCUCAUAGCGCUAAAAGAACCCCGGGCAGUAUGCCUCUGUCCAGCAUGAAUGGCAACGGCAACGGAACCGACACAUCGCGACUAGGUCGGGCUGCGACCAAGUACUGGCGACCGGAUUUGAAUCAGCAUGACAGUCAAGGGGUGGUGACAACUGUUCAAACUUCCACGGGAAGUAGGAACAGCAGUCAAGAGAAUCUUAACCCCAAGCCAAACACAACAAACGGCGUUAACGUGCAUAAGUCGUUCCUGGUCACGUCAGAUGAAAUGUGAUAAUAAUAAUGUGACCGCGCUGGCAUGCUUUACUAAUGAUAUUUAUAACCCCUAAAACACAAUAAAAGAAAAAAGAAAAACAAUGAAAAAGUUCUGACCUGGCAUAACCUGUGUAAACGAUCUUCAUAGUACAGAGUAGAAUGGUGAGAUAAAGGGAAGAGGCCGGGAAAAUGAGGCACCGAUUCAUCGGGCCAAGCACGUGGCACGGGCCAAUGGCAAGUCGCGACGACGGAAC